AUGGCUUCCCAUGACGUCCGCGAUGUUCUCAACCUGCCGCUUGAUGCUAGUUCGCGACCAGCCAAAAAACAGACGAAUGUCCCCCGACCGAGUUUGAAGGGUUUAGCAAGGGAGGUACAAAACUUAGGAGGCGAUAAUCCUAUCGCAAUUGUUCCCGAGUUAUCUUCAUUCAAAAAGCGGCGAUUUGGAAGUAGGAAGCCGGCUGCGCGAUGGGAAUCACGGCCUUUCCGCAACUCAGCGCGAAGCGAUCAAUCACUACAUCUACGGCAUUGGAGGAAGCAGACGGAAGAUCAGACAAGACCGCAGGAUGAGCAAAAUGGAGAGGAUGGGACUAACGUAGGAGAUAAAUCAGCGGAACUCGAAGAUUCAGGGUUUUCUAAGUUUAACGUACAAGUGGACAUCCCUCAGUACAGCGACGACCAAUACAAGUCUAACUUGGAGAGCGAUGAAUGGACGAAGGAUGAAACAGAUUACCUGUUCGAUCUUGCUAGAAACUUCGACCUUAGGUGGCCUUUAAUAUGGGAUAGAUAUGAUUAUCAACCGAAGCUAGACGAUAAUAUAACGAAUGGCGAAGGGGCAGACACUACCGACCCUAAGACUGCCGUAGUCCCGGCACCUAAAAUGCGGACUUUAGAGGAUCUAAAAGCUCGGUACUAUGAAGUUGCGGCAAAGAUGAUGGCUGUCCAGAAGCCUGUUCAAUACAUGACCCAAGCUGAAUUUGCGCUUCACGAGGUCAUGGCUAAUUUCAACCCCGUCUCGGAGACAAAACGCAAGAUUUUCGCAGCAGAAGCCUUGUCGAGAUCUAGGGACGAAGCUCAGGAGGAAGAAUUGCUACUUGUUGAAGUACGCCGAAUACUUGCCCGCCAAGAGAAGCUCAACCAAGAACGUCGUGAGCUUUACAACCGCCUUGACUACCCGCAUACGGAACAAGAUAUCAAUGCGUUCAAGUCCAGCGCUGGAUUGCAAACGCUUCUUCAGAAUCUCAUGAAUGUGGACAAGACUAAGAAACGAAAGUCACUCAUGGAAGCUGGUGCGAAUACGCCUGCAUCAGCUCAUCCCUCGGCGCACCCCUCUAAUCACCCCAACUCUACUCCAAUAUCAGAAACCCGCCGGGAGAGCAUCGCAGCUUCGUCAACGGGUCAUCGUGAUUCUAUCGGAGGCGGCGAGCGUCCCGAACGUCCUGCCAAGAAGGGGGCCCAGCCCGAGAGAAAGAAGCUCACCGAACAAGAAGAACAAAUCUACGGUGUAUCACACCACGAUCGUUUGCCCUCGGGGCCAACGUUCCGUUACGAACGAAUAAAUAAGAUCCUCACAACAAAAAGUAAUGCUCAGCAUCAACGUAUUACCAAUACCCUAGCCGAGCUGGAUAUCCCGAGCAGACUCAACAUGCCUACGAGGGCAGUAGUGGAGGAAAUGGAGAAGUUGCUCAAUUCUAUUGGCAUACUCCUAGACAUGCGAAAGAUGAACGACAAGAUUGACGCCGAGAUUAAGCUCGAGAAAGCUAAGAAGGCUGAGCGUGAGAAAGCCCUGGCCCCUUCACAACCAGAGAGUGAAGUUAAAUCUAGAGAGUCGGAGGGUACUGCUACGACGAAUGGUGAGGAUAAGAAGGAAGAUAUCGUGACUGACGGAGAUGCUGCUGGAAAGACUAAUGGCGAGGCAUUUGCGACUAAUAGUGCAACGAACGGAGAUGUUAACGACGAGAGUGGAGGAACUGCAAAUGCAGAUGAUGCGGAGAGCAAGGCUGAGGAUAAGGGACUGCGACCGGAGAGCAGUAAUGGGCACAAGAGAAGUGCUAGCGUUCUGAGCGCUAGUAGCGAUAAGAGCGCUAAGAGACAGAAGAAGUAG